AUGCAGGUUGAUGUUUUGCCAGUUGACAUCCCCGCUGUUAUGGAGAUCGUCUUUCUCCGCGUCAUCCUCGCAGAUGAGAGCGGUCUGCUACUGUGUGCAGCAUACAGACCACAGUGGCAAGGAAACGCUCCCCUAAACUACCUCUCUGAGCACCUCGAUGACAUCAUGGCUGCCCAUAACUGCCAACAUGUAGUUAUUGUAGGGGACCUCAACCAACACUUGGUGAUGAGAGCCUUCACAGACCUCACUGUAGUGCAGGGUCUCCACAACCAUGUCAACUUCCCAACACACCAGCGUGGAGGCUCCCUGGAUCCUGUGCUCUCUGAUCUGCCAGAGGCUUGUGUGAUGUGCCGCCCACUGGACCGUGUGGGUAGCUCUGAUCACUAUGCAGUGUUGUCCUCCAUCAAUCUCUCCGCUGCUAGAGAGGAGGAACAACAGCGAGUCAUCUGGUUAUGGGAGCGUGCUGACUGGGAGGCUAUGAAGCGGUCUCUGUCAGCGACUGAUUGGCACACCGUACUGACUGGAGACCCACACCACGAUACCAUCGCCUUUACCACCGUCCUUCUCUCCCUACAACAACAAUUUGUGCCACACAGGGUGUACACAACAAACCCUAAGGACCAACAAUGGUUUGGCUACCAAUGUAGAGUCGCUGCUGACAAUAAAUAUAGAGCGUGGCAACACUACAAGCGACAUCCCACGCAGGUUGAUGCUAAGCAAUGGUGGAACCUGGUGAAGGAGAGACAAGGCAUCUCCCAUCAAGUGCGAAUCCCAGCCCUUACCAAACCUAACGGAGACCUGGCUGUCACCAGUCGUGAAAAGGCUGAUCUCCUUGCCGCAGAGUUCAGCCGGAAAAUGACAACUGGUGACCCCAACAGGCAGCCACCUGCCCUCCCCGUCUUGGUACCUCAUCCCUUCAGAAUGUUGUCAUUACUGAAGAUGAUCCCCCCUCGCACUCAUCUUCCGGCAGUGCCUGCAGACCGGGAGUGGCCAUCACUUUGGAAGGAGGCGAGAAUUACACCAGUGCACAAGAAGAGGUCAAGAGCAGAGCCAGGAAAUUACCGACCCAUCUCCCUCCUCUCAGUGGUGAGCAAGAUCUUUGAGAGGAUAAUUGGUGAGCAGAUCAACAAAUACCUUGAGGAGAAUCACCUUCUAUCUCCGAAGCAAUUUGGAUUUAGAAAAGGCCGUUCAACCUCUGAUCUCCUCCUCUUGCUCUCCAAAUCCUGGCAUGAUGCCCUUGAUGCCGGACGCCCCUCCCUGGUGAUCGCCUUAGACAUUGCCGGUGCUUUUGACUCUGUGUGGCAUCAUGCGCUGACUACUAAACUCCAGCAGCUGGGCAUCACCGGGGACCUGCUACAACUGUUCACCAGCUACCUCACGGGACGGAGCCUCCGCGUAGUGGUGAACGGCAGCACCUCGUCCUCCUUUCCAGUGGAGGCUUCUGUACCCCAAGGUUCAGUACUCGGCCCAAUACUAUGGAACAUAUAUUUCAACGAUCUACUGCAGAGUUCUCCCGAAGCGGCUGCUUAUGCAGAUGACUGCACCCUCUCCUGGGCUUACGAGAGGGGAGAAGCCCAGAAUGUGGUGCAGGCAGUCAAUAGGCAGCUACAGGACAUCCUGGCUUGGGGAGAAAGGUGGCAAGUCAAGUUUGCCCCUGAGAAAACCCAGGCCAUGGUGAUCACCCGCUCACAGGGAGAAGCAGACCAACUGCGUGGAAAGUUGCGUCUCGGGCCAGACACCAUCCCUCUGCAGGACACCAUUGAAAUCCUUGGGGUGGAGGUGGAUUCCAGGCUGCAGUUCGACCGUCACCUGGAGAAAGUGGCGCGGAACGCCUCCUCUAAGGUGAACCUACUGCGCCGGAUGAAACACCUCCUCCAUGCUGACGGCCUCCUCACACUCUACAAGGCCCAGCGGCAGCAGGAGGAACAGCAGCGGCACGACCUGAGGGACAGCCUCGAGCACCGCAGGAGAGUUGCCGCCUUGACAGUGCUCCACAAGGCACAAGUGCAGCGCGUACCCCACCUGACGGACUUAGGGGCAACCUGGAGGAGACACGAGGUUGGCACGAGGACGGUGUCGGCCAAUGACCUCCUCCUGGAAGUCCCGAGGUCCCAUAGCUCUACUCACCAGCGUGCCUUUACAUCAGCAGCGGUGGUGUGGUGGAACGAGCUCACUACAGAUGUGGAUGUGAGGGGCCUGUCCACACAGCAAAUUAAGGUAGCAGCCCAUAGGUGGCUGCGUCUACACCCUCCUUAA